AAAAAAAAGAAAAUUCUCUUUUUAUUUUCCUUUUAUCUUUUUUUUUUCUUGAUAUGAAAAUGGAAUGGUAUAUAUUUCUUCUUUUUAACAAGAUCUAUCAGUCUCCUUUUUUAUUAUCUAUCUAUAAGAUUUACAAGUGUCUUUUACGAUGGACUACCAACACCACCGAAAUUUAUCGUAUAUGCCACCGAGUUGUUAAUGACCAUAGGGACAACUUGUUACAACAACAACAUACGUUUACCAUUUCUGAUAGUGAAUGUGAUAAUUACAGUGAUAGUAACAACAGUGAUGAAAAAAUAGGCGAAUUCAACGACAAUACUCCUUUAUUGAAACAUUCAGAAAAAUCAACUCUACCUUUUGUUAUUCCACCUACUAUUGUAUUCCAAAUAGAUCGAUCGAUUCUUUAUUCAAGUCAGUUAACAUUGGAACGACGACAAUUAGAAUCUAAGGAUUGUUUGAUAGAUGAUUUGACUCAAUCAAUAUUGACAAAGAAACGAUUCCCUGGGACUCUUUCAAGUCCUGAAGCACAGGUGUUAAAGGCAUGUUUAGUCCAAAUCGCAGCUACUUAUCAAUUGACACGAGAGAUCAACGAACGUGCGCAUACCAAAUUUGAUGGCACCAACCAAUUGCAUGAACAAAAGUUGCUCAAGUUAUGGAACAGUCUGAUGCCAGAUGUUGAAUUGGAAGCAAGAUUGACUCGACAAUGGGGAGAAAUUGGAUUUCAAGGUAAUGAUCCAGCUUCUGAUUUCCGGGGAAUGGGGAUGCAAGGUUUAGAUGAUUUGGUUUAUUAUUCAAAAACAUAUCCUACUUCUUGUCAGCGCACCUUUCAUAGUUCUCAACAUCCUGUGUCUUGGUAUCCUUUUGCUAUUGUUGGCAUCAAUAUCUCUCAAUUCACCAUUCAAAUUUUACGAACUCGACAAUUACAAUAUGUGCUCUUCCGUUAUGGUAUAUCUCGUGACACUUAUCAAGAUUUUUACUGUUUUUUAUAUCAUACAUUUAAUGAUUAUUGGAAUAGUCAUGAAGAUCCAAGAUUAACAGUGAUGGAAUUUGAAGAAACAUUCAAGAAAUUUAAACGCAUGAUUCAUGGCAAGAUUACCACGCAAGAAGUGGUACCACUAGGUGAAUAUUUGAAACAACAACAAGAAGAAACUUGGGAUCAAGAGGAAAAUGGACUAAAGACAUCGUCAUUAUUCGACAAUCAAAAGACUAGUAGUAGUAAUAGUAAUAGUCAUUUACAUCAUCGUAUACCCCAUUCCCGUAGUUAGUACCUUUUUUUUUUUUGUUUAUUGAUAUCAUCACUAUACUAUUUAUAUAUAUGCAUCAUCAAGAAACAAUAAAAAAAAAAUCACAUCAUGAUC